CAUAUAACAUGUCUCCUUCUCUCUCGCAAGCCAAAUCUCUACGUCUCCUUCUUCCUCAAUCUAUCUCACUAUUUCCUUUUCAUCGGCGAGGUUAUGCAGUUGCGGCUGAUGUUUCGGCUAGAGUUGGAUUGGGUAAUAAUAUUGGGCGUAGGAGUGGAAUCGUGGGAGGCGCAGAAGAAAAGCCCAUGACGAGAGAUGGUGCAAAAGCCUAUUCAGAUUGGGCCCCGGAUCCAGUAACGGGUGACUACAGGCCCAUCAACCACACCCCUGAAAUUGACCCGGUGGAGCUCCGACGGAUGUUGCUUAACCACAAGUUCGACUCACCACAGUAGAGUUGAAAAAGGAAGUGCUUCAAAGGGAAACCAUAAUAUGCCCAAAUUUCACCUAGGAAUUGGCUUGGUAGCGUAACCUUGUGUUGUCGUUGUUCCAAAAUAUGAAAUAAAAAACGCGUUUUGUUAAAGUACGGUAAACAGUUUAAGUUAAAUUAUGUCGUAUGUACUCGAAAUAAGUGCUAUAUUCAUUUCUGCUUAUCUUUCUGGGUUAAAGUUUAAUAGAUAUAUUUUUUAUUAUAU